CUGCAGCUCUCCCCUGCGCUGAGUUUCUGCUUUCCCUCACACACCCCAGCACCCCUCAACCCCAAAGCAUCUGUCUCAGGUGCUGUCGUGGGACCUGGUGUGAGGGAGAAAUCCGUGGCCUCCUGUUUGCCCUCAAACAGGAACCAGCGGUUGGAGGCAGGAAGUGCCUGAGAGGAAGUCCUGAGCCCCAGGCCCCGCUGUACCCCACUUCACUCCAGCCCAGUGGGCCUGUGCUCCCAGGGCCCCAUAGCUGAGGAGCACUGGACGCCUUCCUCCCGCUCCCCUGUGUCCCCAGCCUCUGACUCCUCUCCUGCAUCCCCUCUCACUGAGCUCCCGGAGUUACUCAGGGCCUGAGGCCUCUCCUAGCCCCCGGCCACCCGGGAGUGGGGGCCUAUGGCCGGACAGAGCUGUCCCUGAACCCCCUCUCUGCCACUUCCGUCUGGAUGUUCUCAGAAAAGCCUGGCCUUGAGUCUUGACUUCUCAUCUGGGAAAUGGGCCCCCCAGUGUCUCAGGCCCUCUGGGGUGGUGACGACAGGGCCCCUGCGCAGGGUUAGCACACAGGCGAGGCCCCUCUGCUGUGGCAGGGGGUAACAGAGGCCGCACGGACGAGGAACUUGCAGCACGUGACUACCUCCGGCCACCAGGCCACGCAGAACGGGCAGGCGAGGAGGUGGCCUCCAGGCUGGUCUCAGUCCCACCUCAUGUCAGCUAGCAAUGGAGUGUGACCAGUGUCUCCGGGUGAGGAAGCUGGAGAGGAGCCAGGUGAGUCCCGAGAGCGGAGCCCGCGGGCUGGGGACACUGAGGCCUGGGCAGCACCAGGAGGAGGAGCUGCACUACGCAUCGCUGCAGCGACUGCCGCGGGCAGCACGUGGCAACGGCGAGCGGGACGCCGCCAAGGAGGACGCCAGCGCCGACUAUGCCUGCGUUGCCAAGAAAAAGCCCACCUGAGCCCCGGAUGUCCCCGCCCCACGGGGAGGGCAGGGUUGCCCUGGGACUCCCCAGUAAAAACAGUGAACUUUGCC